AUGGUGGAGCCUGUGGGUUUCAUUGAAGCCUGGAAAGCACAGUUUCCAGAGUCCGAGCCUCCGAAGAUGGAGCUGAGGUCUGUUGGGGGAAUCGAACAAGAACUGGAGAAGUGCAAAACAUCCAUAAGACGCUUGGAAAUGGAGGUGAACAAAGAGCGCUUCCGGAUGAUCUACCUUCAAACGCUGCUGGCCAAGGAGCGAAAGAGCUAUGACCGGCAGAGAUGGGGUUUCAGGAAGCCACCUCACAUGACCGAAGGGGACCCCCAAGCUGUUGCCGAUUCUCAGCAUCUCCAUGCACAGGAGCAGGGACAGCCAGAGCGCAGCAGGUUUCAGCCUGUGGGGGAGUCCAGAGCGAAACCACGACCACCCCCUGCCAGGAAGUCAGCCUCCCACGGUGAUGGAUUGGAGCUACAGUCGUCAUUCGAGGCGCACCAGGCAGGGCCAGUCAGUGAGACCGACGGGCUCUCGCCAUCCACACAGAGGGGUGGAGUUUCCCCUCGCAGACCCCAUCCACCACCUGACAAGGAGUUGCCCUUAGAUCCGUCCCCGAAAGACAAGCCGGGCAUGGGGCUCGGGGUGGCUGCCUUGCGUUCGAACUUUGAGCGAAUCAAACGGGCCAACUCACAGUCAGCCAGUGAUGGAAAAUCAGGCCAAGAGAAACCAUUCUACACCAACGUUGAGUUCCAUCACGACAGGGGCCUGGUAAAAGUCAAUGACCGUGAGGUCUCCGACAAAAUUAGCUCUCUUGGGAACCAAGCCAUGCAGAUGGAGCGCAAAAGGUCACUUCAUUCACUUCCAGGCAACCUUGCUACGGUCGCAGGUGAUCUACGCCCCAGGCCUGUCUAUAGGGGGCGCUCUACUGAAAGCACCUGCGGAUACGAUGCCGAGUAUGAAGACGGCGAACCCAGUCCUCGCUACAGCACUGCGAGACCAAACGGGGCCAAACCGCCACCGCCGCCAUGGCAGCCAUCAGAUUUCCAGCCAUACACUAGUGUUUACGUCGGAGGGAUGAUGUCAGGAGAAGGUGGCGACGGUAGGGUCACUAUGAGAGACCAUGGAGGAAGUGACGACCAUCUUCUCACCUGGCCCAGGAGGUCAUACUCCCCUGGAAGUUUCGAGGAUGUGGGAGGCGGAGGAGGCGGAUACACGCUUAAUGAUUUCACUUUUCUAAUUGAUGUCCAUGUACAGCAAUAUGAAAAAAAUGUGGUAAACCUUGUUGCUGAUGGUCCGUUUACAGGCACUCCGCCCACCUAUGGUUAUGACGCGGAUCGAGCGGAGGAGCAGCGCCGACACCAUGACAUUCUGCCCUACAUCGACGACUCCCCCUCCUCCUCCCCUCACCUCAGCUCCAAGAGCCGCAGCAGUCGAGACACUCUCUCCUCCGGCUCGAUUGAGUCCUCCAAGUCUGCGGAGUUGGACCUGGAGAAGGGAUUGGAGAUGAGGAAAAGGGUGUUGUCUGGAAUCCUGGCCAGUGAAGAGACCUACCUCAGCCAUCUGGAGGCGCUAUUACUGCCCAUGAAGCCCCUGAAAGCAGCAGCCACCACCUCCCAGCCUGUCCUGACUGUUCAACAGAUCGAAACCAUCUUCUUUAAAGUGCCUGAGCUCUACGAGAUCCACAAAGAAUUCUAUGAUAGCCUUUUACCCAGAGUGCAGCAGUGGAGUCACCACCAAUGUGUGGGAGACCUUUUCCAAAAACAAGCUAGCCAGCUUGGAGUGUACAGAGCCUUCGUUGAUAAUUACGAACUCGCCGUGGAGACCGCAGAGAAGUGCUGUCAAGCAAACACACAGUUUGCAGAGAUCUCUGAGAGUCUCAAGGUCAGGAGCACCAAGGAGUGCAAGGACCUGACAGCCAAAUACUCACUGGAAGCUCUGCUCUAUAAACCAGUGGACAGAGUGACCCGGAGCACGCUUGUUUUACAUGAUCUUCUGAAACACACACCUUCCAGUCACCCAGAUUACCCCCUCCUGCAGGAUGCCCUCCGCAUCUCACAGAACUUCCUGUCCAGCAUUAACGAAGAGAGCACGCCUCGCCGCCAGUCCAUGACAGUGAAGAAGGGAGAGAACCGUCAGCUGUUGAAGGACAGCUUCAUGGUGGAGCUUGUGGAAGGGGCUCGGAAGCUACGCCAUGUUUUUCUCUUCACUGACCUCCUGCUCUGUGCCAAACUGAAGAAGCAGAUUGGAGGGAAAAGCCAGCAGUAUGACUCCAAGUGGUACAUUCCUCUCUCAGACCUCACCUUCCAAACGGCAGAAGAGUCGGAGCCCCUGCCUAUCCCACAAGCCCCUGAUGAGGAGCUGGAUGCCAUUAAGAUCAAAAUCUCAUCCCUGAGGAGUGAGAUCCAGAGAGAGAGGAGGGCCAACAAAGGGUCAAAGGUCAUGGAGAGGCUGAAAAAGAAGCUGUCGGAACAGGAAUCGCUACUGCUGCAGACCUCUCCUAACAUGCCCCUCAGGGUACACAACCGCAAUGGAAAAAGCUACAUGUUUCUGAUCUCAUCGGACUACGAGCGUGCCGAGUGGAAGGAAGUGAUCCGAGAACAGCAAAAGAAAUGCUUUAAGACCUUCAGCCUGACGUCCAUGGAGCUUCAGAUGCUCACCAAUUCAUGUGUCAAACUCCAGACGGUCCAUCAAUUACCCCUCACUGUCAAUAAAGACGAGGAUGAAUCUACUGGACUGUACGGAUUCUUGAAUGUAAUUGUCCAUUCUGCCUCUGGACUUAAACAGAGCUUAAAUCUGUAUUGCACAUUAGAGGUGGACUCCUUCGGCAUCUUUGUGAAUAAAGCCAAAACAAGAGUGUACAGAUACACCACAGAACCCAAGUGGAAUGAGGAGUUUGAGAUCGAGUUGGAGGGCUCCCAGACAUUACGUCUACUGUGUUACGAGAAGAGCUACAACAAAGCGAAGAUGAACAAGGAGGAUGGAGAAAGCACGGACAGAAUUAUGGGCAAAGGACAAAUUGCGUUGGAUCCUCAGAUGCUCCAGGGUAAAGACUGGCAGAGAACAGUCAUCCCUAUGAAUGGGAUUGAGGUGAAGAUAUCCAUGAAGUUCACCAGCCGGGAGUUCAGCCUGAAGAGAAUGUCCUCACGGAAGCCCAUGGGUGUGUUUGGAGUAAAUAUCUCCACAGUGACAAAACGGGAACGCUCUAAAGUGCCCUACAUCGUCAGACAGUGUCUAGAGGAAAUUGAGAGAAGAGGAAUGGAGGAAGUGGGCAUCUACCGUGUCUCAGGAGUGGCCACUGACAUCCAGGGACUGAAGACUGCCUUUGACACCAAUAAUAAAGACGUGUCAGUAAUGAUGAGUGAGAUGGAUGUGAACGCCAUUGCCGGAACGCUCAAGCUGUACUUCAGGGAGCUCCCUGAGCCCCUGUUCACUGACGAGCUCUACCCUAACUUUGCAGGAGGCAUUGCUCUUUCAGACAGCGUAGCUAAGGAGAGCUGUAUGCUGAACCUCCUGCUGUCUCUACCAGAGCCCAACCUGGUCACCUUCCUCUUCCUGCUGGAUCAUCUCAAGAGGGUUGCAGAAAAGGAGAGUGUAAACAAGAUGUCUCUUCACAAUCUGGCCACCGUGUUUGGCCCGACCCUGCUACGACCUGCUGAAAAGGACAGCAAAAUCCCCACUAACCCCACGCAGCCUAUCACAAUGGGGGACAGCUGGUCACUGGAAGUCAUGUCACAGGUGCAAGUUUUGCUGUAUUUCCUUCAGCUGGAGACCAUCCCGACGCCAGACAGUAAGAGACAGAGUAUCCUGUUUUCCACAGAGGUCUAAAGGAGUUCUUAUUCCUAUUGUAAGUCUCAAACCAAGCGAGCAUGUCCACCCACUGGGUAUAACGGACACUGGAAUGCACAAGAGCUUCUACUGGGCAAAAGCAGGAGUGCUUCGCGUUUCGCGCAUUUUCUAGCUGUCGCCACUAGGGGGCGCCGUAGCCAUUUUAAACGUUAAAGAACUGGACUUGCUCGGAGCACAUCUUGAAUAUUACUGAACCCUCUGCCUAUUUUCCUGUGAACAUCAGUGUCCCUUCAGCACCUUCGCUCUCUUCUUUUUCAUGACUCAGACCCUGAGCAUGCUCUUGCGUCCUGUACGUGGGCCUCUACUGGUCAAUCAUGUCAGCUGGUGACAGUGAAUUCUGUCUCUUCUGGCUUUUUGUGUUUGUCCUCAUUUCGCCUGUCCCCACUGGCCACUGAUGCUCUUUCUGUGCUGCUACAAUUCAGUAUCCAGCUCCAAACCGUUCCAGAUUUUGGAUCCUUUUAUACAAUAGAUAAUUACAUGGCAGUUCAACGUAGUUCUUAUUGCAGACUCUUAAAAGUCAAAUUAAUAACUUCUGUUAGUGUAUGUCAGUCAUUACAAGAGCUUAAUUUAAUAGGAUUUCUGUGUAGAAGAUGGUGUUUGGUUCAGUUAUUGUCAGUGUUGAUGUGAUUCUAAGUUAAGAAAACAUACAUAAAAAUGAGAAAAAUCUCGCUAUUGUUUAAUUUUCCUCUUUUUUUGGCCCAUACCUCUCUAUCAAGCAAUAUUUAAGCAUUCAUGAGUGUGUUUGAAAACAUGAUACAUGUUUCAUUAUGCUUUCGUAGUUGAGAUUUCGGGAGAGAGAAGUACAUUACCAAAAGGGUCAAUAUAUUUUUAUUCAUUCUGAUUAUGUAAUACAUGUAGAAGAAUUAUUAUUUAUUUGGGGACAGAUCAGUGUCUUUUUUAAAGUACGUCUACAUUUAUCCGUGUUAUGAAGUACUGUAGAUUCCUUACAUAUCCUCUUCAUUUUCCUGUCUUUUUGAAUCUGUGAAAAUGCUCAGAGGAUAGCACACAACAUUAGCGUUUCCCCUGCCGUAUAUCUAGUGUUGAGAGAUGACCAAACGGAGAGGUUUUUAACUCUACCCUGUCAUUCACAUUCGCUCUCUCUCUCUAGCUUCACAGCACACUGUGGUUUAUGUCUCGCUGAGAACCAUACAGCAGUGCCUCUCUGUCUCAUCGUAAGACAUUAAGGUUAAAAAAAAAACAACGCUGUAUAUAGCACAAUCUGUUAUCCUUGAAUCCUGUCAGAUUGUUUAAUGAAGGAAGGGUUAAUAAUGGAUGCAGUACAGGUAUUCUGUGUUAAUUAUAUUAGUAAAAAUGAAUGCUCUUAAGUUUAUUAUUUCAGUUAAAGGUGCUUUAGUUACUUUAUUUAACAUGCAGGCGUGUUUUUUUUAUUUAAAAGUGUUUUUUAAGUUUGAUAAGUGUUGUGCGUUUGAGUUGUAACGUUAAACCAAAUUCUGGCUACUGUAGAAGGGUUUUUGAAGACUUUAUCAUGCAUACAGAAAGGGGUGCAGCAAUUGAAAAGGAAUUUCUGUUAAUCCACCAUGUGAAGUCUUU